UCAUGCAGUGAGCAAGCUGCAAGAAAAGAAGAGGACGCGGCUCCCUGCUCCAGUGUUUCCCCAAAUUUUAUUGAGUCCAAGCACAUCCAGUGGUACCUCCGGUGAAGUGCGAGAUGGUGGCAGCCAACUUCACAACAAGCAGCAGUUUGGCAACUAUCUCUCAGGACCCGAAGUGGGCGAUCAACAUCAACUCCGUCCUCAAAAAGGCCCAGCAGAGGAUGUACUUCCUGCGGCUUUUGAGAAAGCACGGCCUGCCGCGGGAGUUGCUGAGGCGGUUCUACACAGCGGUCAUCGAAUCAGUCCUGUGUUCUUCCAUCACAGUCUGGUUGGGCGCUGCUACAAAAAAGGACAAAUCCCGACUGCAACGGACAAUCAAAACUGCUGAAAAGAUUGUCGGUACCCCCUUACCCACCCUUGAGGACUUGCACGCUGCCAGAACUAAGACAAGAGCGUGCAAAAUCCUAUAUAAUAUGAGAACAUGGAUCUGGAACCAGUUUGAAGGAGCAAGAAUGGUAUCGAUUUUGCAAUUGUUGGGCGAGAGCGACGUCUUUGCGGUGACUCAUCAAAACAACGCAAUGUCAUCUGUGAUUUUCUCCAUCUUUCAUGAUCUCGGGAAUCGGCAGUAUCACCACUCAAGACGGCCCAAAAGUACUCGUCACGCCGGAACUCAAGCUAAUGUCACUGCCGUCUUCAUCACGGUGGAAUACAGCGGAAGUUCGAUGGGCGUCUUUGAAUGUUUCACGGUAUUCUGCUCCGGCGGAGUGGGAGCCGCACACGAUAAUGACGACACCAUCCCUGCCCCUGCCGCCGCCCGUUGCUCUGAGAGAACGCUCACCUGAGCGACGACCACCGGGCUGCCAGGGCGAUAAUGUGAACCUCUCGGGGAGAAGAUAACAGCCACCCCCCUUCCACCGAUAAUUGUUCAGAUGCACAAACACACCAGGCCGGGGGCACACAGCGAGACACUUGUGUUGCCAUAGGAACUUCACCACACACACACACACUCACGCAGAGUUCAAUGAAUGUGCAACCCCCACUGUGUACUUUGUCCAGAUGAGAAGUUUCAACAUGGAGAGUUGAUGUAAGGAGAAAGCAGAACAUGCAUACAAAUCAUUUUGAUGCCAAGUCAAAUUGCAGAAAUAUAAGAAACACCUUUUGCCACUGGUCUGUUUGACUGGUUUUACUGGGAGACGAACGUGUCGUGACGAUCACACAGCAUUUUCUAAUUUAUUGCUGAUCAUCUGGGUUCGCUCAGUUCACUUAAGCAGACGCGUUGAACCUUGCCGAACAAAUGAAACCGGUUUCGUGUGUUGCAGAAGGCCGACUAUUAGUUUACCACUUGCGCCCCCGUCUGGUGCAUCUAAAUCAGUUAGAAUAUUGUAUGAAACAAUGUCUUUCAAUAGUUCAAUUCAUAAAGUGAUACUAGGUUCUAUUUUAUUACUUUACUGUGUUAGAAUUAUUUAUAUUCUAUCUAUCUAUGUCUGUACAUAGCCAUAUAUAUAUAUAGUACAGUUAUAAGUAUCAGCAUUUAUGUAAUCGUCAACAGAUUCGUAAAAAUAAUAAAAAUAACACCACAAUAUGACAGUGAACAAUGUUAGAAAGUUACUCUCAAAAUAUUUGUUUUGUUUUUAGAUAUUGUUUCGUCAUUGAACAUGAAAAAGAAGGUGAAAACAGAAACAGUAAUAUUACCAAUACAGUGGUGCCUUGAAAUAUAAGCUUAAUUCGUUCCGUGACCACACUCGUAACUUAAAGCACUUGCAUCUCAAAUCAUCUUUUCCCGUUGAAAUAAAUUCAAAUGCCAUUAAUACGUUCCAGCCUCCCAAAAAACUUUGAAACUUGUUUUUACUGAGAAAAAUGGCACUCUAUAAUAUUAGACUUUAUAAAAGCAUUGUAAUGGCAUACUGCCUCAUUUUCAUUGGCUGUUGUACUGCUCCUUCUGGUGUGUGUACCUUGGCCACCUGGGGGCAGUAUAAUACAGCGAAACUGUUAUGCGUGGAGAUGGUCUGUAAGCCACAGUAAUAUUAGUCAUUCUUCGCAGAGGAUAGCGGAAUAUAUGCCUGUAACUAUUGAUAUAUUAUCUGUCUACAUGUGUCGCUACACUGUUUGUGUUCAAAUAUCCGUUGCUUGAAGAGUUUUAACACCGCGUCACUGAUCCAUUAUACAAUAUGUUAGGAUUAACCUAGUGGACUUUAAGGCAAUGUUAUGUGCUUGUUUUACAACCCCAAUUCCAAUGAAGAUGGGACGUUGUGUUAAACAUAAAUAAAAACAGAAUACAAUGAUUUGCAAAUCAUGUUCAACCUAUAUUUAA